AUGCCUGCUUCUGCUCCAGAUGUCCCCAGUCCAAGUCCAUCCUCCAAGCCAGCCGCAUACUGGGAUAGCUUGUCCACUCUCUGGCUGACCAGAAGCGCUCUGCACGAGCUGCAACGGAGACUACAUGCUCGAACACCCGCAAGCCGGAGGUGCUCUCGAACCACAGCGGCCCUUCUCCAGCAGUGUCCACCGCGCUGCAGACGAGAGAUCCAACGGCUCUCGCGACGGGGAGGACCAGACCUGUCCGAUCUUCGAGGCUGUCCGCCUCCCAGAAUCGAUUCCAGCGGCAGUCACGGCGCUCCAUCGUCGGCCGCAAUGCCCUCCGCCAGGCCAACGAGCAGGCAGACCAGUCAAAUACCAGCCACGACAACCACGCCGUACAGCCUGAACUUCGAGCAGAACCUCGUCGACCACCAGAUCUACCCUCCGCUGUACAAUGCCCAACACAGCGGUACCGAUGACAACGAACCCAGCAACGUCGGCGAGAUCCGACGCCGACUGGCGGCGCCCCGGCCCUCCCUGGACGCAUCAUCCACACUCUCCAAGGUCGAAUACCAGCGGUUCAGAAAAACCGCCUGGGCCGCCACACGGGGAGCAGACGUCAGGGCCUCCGUGUUCCCCUUCAUCGAGGGAGCCUCCUCCUCUCCGCAACAAUCCAUCAGUCGCGACACCCACUUCACCAACCUCGCCCCGCUAACAGACGGGACCAUCUCGCACGCAAAGCCGGACAUCAGCCACGGCGCACGUCCUGACCAGCUACACCGCGAGAUCCGCACCCAGCUCGGGCCCCUAGUCGUCCCCUCCGCCGACAACAGCUUCCCGCUGGCUCCCAACUUCCACGCCGAGGUCAAGGGCCCAGGCGGCGCGCCGGCCGUCGCUGUCCGACAGGCCUGCUACGACGGGGCGCUGAGCGCCAGAGCAAUGGAUGCGCUGCGGUCGUACGACCCGGUGGAGCACCAGCAGCAAUACAACCAGAGCCAGAGCCAGAGCCAGAGCCAGAGCGACCAGCCCAGCUUGGGGCCGGGAUCGACAGCGCAGACGGUCCCCGCCGACAACAACGCCUACGCCCUCACGGCAACCUACUCCGGCGGCCUGCUGAACCUGUUCGCCUCGCAUUCAACGACGGCGUCUCUCGCGACGCCAGACGGCCCGCGCCGCCCGGAGUACACCAUGACGCCGCUGCGGUCGUUCGCGCUCACCGACGACGUCGAGAGCUUCUGCGCUGGAGCGGCGGCGUAUCGUAAUGCCAGGGACUGGGCGGGCGAAGUGAGAGAUGAAGCCAUCGCACGGGCGAAUCGGAGGCUUGAGGAGGCAAGGGCUGGUCGUCUCGACUCGGUGGUUGAGGAAGAAUCGGUGGCGGGGCCUGGUUGA